AUGUUUCCAGUCAUUUCCGCUUCAGCGAAUCAGCAGGAAAUUUCAUAAAAGUGAUGUCGUGAUGUUGACGCUUGUCACCGUUUGUUCUACAACAUCUCUUACCUCUGUCGUAUUGAUAUGGCUGUUUCAACAUGUCAGAUCACCUUCAUCUCUUGCAUCGUCCUCUGCAUGUCUUUAUUCCUACCUAAAUUAUUUUUACCCAGAUUGAAGAAAGAAACAGUGCAGUCGGAGGUUGGACCAGGGCAUUUUCCUCCCCCACAACACAGACAUUCAUUCUCUGAAGAUCAUGAUCACUGGGACACAGACUCCCAUUACAUCAAGCAUUAUAACCCUGAGGCCAUUGCUAGAGCCAAAGGUGUUGGCAAGCCAAAUCUCCUGGGCCAGGUCAUCCCCGUCUAUGGCUUUGGCAUCUUCCUUUAUAUCAUCUACUUGUUCUUUAAACUGACCUCUAAGGAUAAACCUCAUCGACAAGGGUGCAGAUUCCCUAUACUGCAGUCAGAAUACACUUUUGAAGAGAUGCCUACUUGUCAGCUGGUGCAGAUGCAGGCCAGAAUGAGUGAAAAAGCCAGAGAAAAGAAAAUAUCUAAAGUUGUCCACCUAUCUUUCAGGUCACGCAGGGGCACACGGAGGCGUGAGGAGAGAAAUCUCAAACAGUUAAAGGAGAUCACCCAAAUGAUGCGGGAGAGACAGCUUUGAGAGGGAGCCUCGCCGGAGGAGGAGGCAGAGGAGGCCCCUUACACUGCAGAUUGGGAAGGCUAUCCAGAGGAGACCUACCCAGAGUUUGACAUGCCCUCCCACAGAGACAUAUUUCCUAGUGUUAUACUUGAAGAACCUGACCAAGUCAUACCCACAGCAGAGAAGCUUGCUGAGAGAUUGGAGAAGGAAGAAGAGGAGGAGAAUGAGCCUGAUGAUGUGUGUACUAAUGAGGAGGUAAAAGAGGAAAAUAAUGAGGGAGAAAAAGAAGAGGAUGACAAAGAUGAAGAAGAAGAAGAUGAGGAGGAGGAUGAGAUUGGAGAAGACCAGCUCUGUCUUCCUAAAAGUAUUGAUGAGGAUGAUGAGAAACUUGAAUACCCAGGUGAAAAAGAAGAGGAACAGAAACCAAGCAGGAGAAGACGACAAAUCACUUUUAGUGAUCACAGACACGUCUUCCAUUAUCCAAAGGGUGGAGCUGUUGGCUGCAAGUAUGAGGAAGAGGAUGAAGAAGAACUUAAUGGAGAAGAAGAGGAUAAUGAUAAUGAAGGGAAUGAAGAGGAAGAAAAUGGUGAUGAUAAAGACUGUGAAGAAGAAGAGGAGGAAGAUCAACGUAAUGAAGAUGGACAGGGUGAGACCAAGAAGGAGGAGGAUCCCCUAAUGGAGGCGGAGAGUCUGGGAUUCAAUGAUAAAGUGGAAUGUCAUCCUGAGGAACAGGAAGUAGACCUCAUUGUUGAGGUAACCGUCAUCUCAAUCAAGUCAGAGUCUUCCAAAGCUCAAACCUCUGGGACUCUUAGAAUGCGUCACAAGAAACAAAAGGUGAAGAAGUGACGAGCUUGUCAAAAAAAAACAAUAGUCUUCUGUUCGAAUACCCUUUAGUUCAAACAUACCUUACUGUGAAUCUUUCUUGCUUCACUUAAGGAAACACUUUCUCUGUAACCAUUUAGGCUUUUCUAAGAUUUCAUUAAUCUGUUUCCAAGAACAUCUAGAUAAUAUUUUAGAGUAUGUUGUGUCAAAAAUAGGCACUUUUAAGACCUUUUUUCCAAAGAAAAUCUUUGCCAAUAAAACAAUUGUGAACAGAAGUAUCUUUUUAUGAACAU